ACCUGUCCCUUACUUUACACAUAACGACGCAGUUUCCACUCGCCGUAGUCGAGAUCACAUAUCUGGAGUUCCAGACGCCUAGUUAUAGUCCGGGAGUAGGUGGAACAUGUCGAAUACUUCAGUUCGCCCGAUUCCAACACUUAAGGGCAUCUUUUCGGUGCCGCGCGUCACACAGUCCCGAAACUUCUUGAAGGAAAACAAGGUAAGCUUGCGCUCGCUGGAGAAGUCCACCAGCCAGAAGUUGGCUGCUAAGGAGCCAGUUCGGCCGAAAUGGAUGCCCUCGCUGCGACGCACUUCCUCCGAGAUGGGGGAGUCGAAGAUGGAGAAACCAGCAGCUAGGGGAAAACACGAGAAACAAAACUCGUUGCAGAACGCCCGCAACACCUCUCGCUCACAGCAGCAACUGGCCGUGGCCGUUCCUGCGGAUGGCGAACGCUUCGAUGGCCUCGAAGAGCGCAAUCCCAUCUUAUAUGACCCGUCGGAAGAUUUUGAAUCCGAUAAUCUCUUAGAGUCUUCUUCGGAUCCAACCGUAGAUCGCUGUCAAUCGUGUGGCACGAAUCGAAGCUCCACCAGCAUAGCCAUUCAAACUGAGGACAUUACUGACGAGAUCUAUCUAACAAAUGCUCUAAAAAAGUGCAACUUUGAUGUCAGAUCUAUAAUGGAGGAAUCCGGUACAAAGUACGGGGAAAACUACAAACCAAUGCAAUAUGAAAACGAGGAAGAUUUGGAACAGCUGCCGCUUUCAGCGCGUUCAAGCUCUUCGAAGCACAGUCGCUUCCAUAUGACCGAAAUGGAGGCAAUGCCCAUGACCGUGGCCGAGCCCACAAACUACGGAGCUUCAGACGACGAGGCACCACUUAGUGCCCGUAGUCGCUUUACAACGGCCUCCAAUGUCACCACCAUCACCUCUAAGUCAAAGCGUCGUGAACAUAAACUAGGAUCCCGAGAUGAGGUGCGCUUGCCGCGUUACCUGGAAAAGCAGAAGCGUGAAAAGGCAGUGGCCAAGCAGCUUGCGGAAUCGCUGGAUCCCGACUGUCCCCGUGGCCAUGUAUUGCUCAGCGAUCAGGACCGACUGACGCACCUCACUAAUGCUAAGAAACGCUAUGAACAGCUUGUCAAUGAACUGAACCACAUGCCCAUGACCGCGCAGACGUUGAGGGUGCGCAACAGAAAGGCGGAAAUCGACAAGGAGCUAACCACCGUGGAGGAGGACAUCCGUAUAUACUCCAAAGCAAAGGUCUUUGUGCUGGCCAACAAGUCGCGCCAAUUGUAAAAACUCGCGUAGCUCCCGAAAAGCUUGAAGCAUUCCAUCGACUAAGCUCCUGAAAACUUGGAUUUCCAAAACACGCGUGUUCCUUUUAACUAUGCCUUAUGUUUAUUAUAUAUUUUCUAGCUGAGAUUUGGAUCGCAGACCUAUCCCGAUAACAUUCAGACCAACCUAACGAGCGAUCCGAUCAACAGCAAGUAGAGUUACAGAUUAAAAACCGCUCAUCCAACUUA